AUCAUUAAUCUGUGCUCAGUACGUUUCCAGAAAAUGGUCGGUUUGUGUGUCGAUGUCUGACACGUACUUCGCAAAAAAUCGUAAAUAAUCUUAAUAAAGUUUAUCAUGCUGUGGUGACUGAUUUCUAAUUUUCACUAACACAAAACCAAGACACUAAAAAUGGAGUUUCGCGAAACAUUAUUAGCUGCUCAACGAAAUCAACAACAGAAGUCAUCUGAAAGUUAUUAUUACAAAGCACGGUUUGAUCCACCUAAAAAGGAACAAAAGGUAAAAGAUAAACUUUCAGCAAACAUACAAAAGUUUCUGGCAAAAAAAGAAGAGGAAGAGAAACAGAAACAGUUGGAGGCUCAAAGGAAGCGCGAGGAGCUGAUUGCUAUGCGUGAUCCAAAAGCGUUACGGAAGAUUCAAAAGACUCUCAAAGUAAUUAAAUCUGCCAAUAAGUCUGUAUUAGAAGAUGCAGUUGAUAGAAAUGACACUGCUGUCACUCGGGAUGGACCUGAUCAACCUGAUCAAGAUGAUUAUGGUUAUGUGUCCCAGGAGGCGACUGCCCUGUAUGAGAAAAUGAUGGAGAAGUAUAGUAAAAUUCCUGAUGAACCAAAAUUUUCUACUAAAACAAAUUCAGUAAGCAAAGAUCUCAAUGGCACAAGGGAAAGAGUCAAAAAUGCUUUGCAACAUGAAGAUGAACCAGUGCCACAUAAAAGGAGACGAAGGGGUGAUAAUGAUAAGGAACUAAGUCCACCUCUGAAAUACGAGCCAGAAAAGAAAAAAGAUGAGAAAACGGAGAAGCCAAAAAUACGAAAGCCGGCCCCACCACCAAUGGACUUCAAUCAACUACUUAAACUUGCGGAGAAAAAGAAAAGUGAACCAAUAGAUGUAGUUGCAAAGAAACAAAUAUCUGAGCCAGAACCUGACCGCUUAAUGACAAAGAAGCAGAAGAAAGAUUAUGAAGAUGAAAUGGCUCGUCGUCAGCGACGGCAGGAGCGGAUUGAAGCAGAGAAAGGAGCGUCGCGGAAAGCCCCAAAAGAUGAUAAGCCAGUGGAAAGAGAAAAGAAAAUGGAUUCCAGUGGUAUCGGGCGGAUACCAAAGAUUGGUGAUAAAAACUCUGCUAAUCAAAGAAAUGAAAACUCCAAACCUCUUGAAAGAGAAAAAGAACGCGUUCCAAGUGACAAGGAAAAGGCUGAAAGACUUCAACGGGAGAAAGAGAGAGCUAGAUUAGAAAAACAUAAAGCAGAAAGAGAAAAAGAGCGACUAGAUAGGGAAAGGUUAGAAAAACUAAAAGCUGAGAGAGAGAAAAUUGACAGGGACAUAGAGCGACUAAAUAGAGAUAGGGAUAGAUUAGAAAAAACUAAAUCCAAAUUGGAAGGUAAAAGUUCAACUGAAAGGUUGAGCAAGCCUGUGAAUAGUUCAGUAGAUAGAUCAAAGUUAAUUGCUAGACAACAACCGCUGAAGCAAGAUGUGAAGAAAAGUAUAGAUUUAAAGAGUCAAAACACAUAUCGGAUAGAUAAAAAUCAAACAGAGAAGAAGAUUUCAAUUCCAAGUAAAAGUGGUGAUACAAGACAGAGUAACGGUUACGGCCCGCAAGGGAAACCUGCGCCUAAGACAAAUAAAGAGUUGCCACAACGGAAUGAUAGGGAUAAAGUUUUACAAGCUAAACAAAAGAUGCUCAGUAAUGUACCAAGCAAAAGUAAUGGCCAUGUGAGGCCCGAGGGUGCCAAACGCUUGCAAGAGACUGGCAGAGAAAUGCCGGCUAAAAGGCCAGAGGACAAGAAAACAGUGCCAAAUUCAAAAUUGUCAGCAGGACCGAGUAAGCCAAGUAUUGGGAACAGCUUUGACUUUGAUAAACAUGUAAAUUCCAUUGGUAAGAACGGUGGGCGUCAGUUCCCGCCCGGCGACGUGCGGAGAAAACCUCGCCCUGAUGACUUGAAGCGUAAGAAACGUCGUGCGGUAGACUCAGAAUCUGACUACGACUCAGAAAUGGAUGAUUUUAUCGAUGACGGAGAUGAGAACAUAGAUUAUUCAACGCACAUCAAGGAGAUAUUUGGUUACGACAAAUCUAAGUACCGAGACAUGGACGACGACGAUGAUCCAAUGAUGGAAUCUAGUUUUGCUCGGCAACAAAGAGAAGAAUACAUUAGCAAAAAAAUUGGUAUUAUGGAAGAUUUGGAGGAUAUGCGCAUGGAAGCAAUGGAGAAAAAGAAAUCUAAGAAGAGACGAAUUAGUGACGAUUGAAAGAAACGAUAAUUCGCAUGCAUCGGACCAAGAUUAUAACAAUAAUUUGCUUUAUGUAUUGUGAAGUCGUACAAUUAAACUACCCGCGAGUGAAUGGCCGAAGCCGAAAAAUGUGAUUUUUUUUUUGUAUGAAUAAGAGUUUAUUACAUAAUUAUACUAUACAUACGCUGACUUAACAAGACAACUUAACUGUACAGAUAAUUAUUUUGUUAAUUUAAGGGUAUUUUGGUUAAAUAUAAGGUGCAGGCCAUAGAUAUAGAACCUAUAGACGAAGUGUUUCAUACAAAUUUGACAUCUAAUCGACAAUCGAUUUUUGAAAUGUCAUUUUG